GUUUGCAAGUCCUUCGAGAAUGAGCUUGGCACCACCAUGCCCAUGAAAUACUUCGACCCUCUGGGCAUGGCCAAGGACGACGAUGCCGAUGACUUCCGCCGCCGCCGAAUGUCGGAGAUCAAGAAUGGACGCGUUGCCAUGCUGGCUACCAUUGGCUAUAUCGCCCCAGAGUACUUCCGUCUGCCUGGCUACUGCAGCCCUAGCGCAGAUCUGAAGUUCGCUGACAUCCCCAACGGCGUCCAGGCCUUGUACAAGAUGCCGGCAGAGGGCUGGGCCCAGAUUGCGGUGUUCAUCGGAUUCCUGGAGCUGUUCCCCAUGAG